GUAACAGUUGUGCACUACUUCUUAGCGUGUAAAUAACUUUGAAACGAAAAUGAAGGUUCUGCAGCUUGUGAUCGUCUUCUCCGGCAUUUUGGCCAUCGCUUAUGCGGCCAAUGCAACUUGGGGAUCUAAAACUAACCAGUCCGUGCUCGCCAACACCCAAAACUUGACCGUCAACAAGGGUGCCAAUCAAUACCAAAGCUCAAGCAUUUCUUUCCCAGCCAACGGCCAGAUUAAUACCAAGAUCAUCACCUACAUUAAUGUCAUAGACAGAUUCGCCAACAGCUCUGGCCCAACCGCAACCCUCUGGUCUGGUGGUCCCGGUUUCACGUUCGCCACCAUCAAUUUAAAGAGUCAAUACAACCAGGGCAUCAAUGUAACAGCGCAGUUCUGGGUUCAGAAUUAAUUUUUAUUACGAUAUAAAAGCAUUUGAAAGUAUA